GCCCGGCCCGGGGCGCCGCUGCCAUGCGGCUGGCGCUGCUCUGGGCCCUGGGGCUCCUGGGCGCAGGCAGCCCUCUGUCCCCCCGGCCGCUCGCAGAUAUAGGUGGCACUGAGGAGGAGCGGGCACGGCCAGAAGGGGCCCUGCGUGGACCCUCGGAGCCCCAGAUCCUUCCGGACAUCCCGACACUCAGCCUCACAGAGGUGUUUCAGACCAAGCUGCCUGAGGCCUUGCGGAUCCAGUUGGAAUUGGAUGGUGAGAGUCACAUUCUGGAGCUGCUACGGAACAGGGAGCUAGUCCCAGGCCGCCCGAGCCUGAUGUGGUACCAGCCUGACGGCUCCCGUGUGCUCAGUGUGGGACACACUCUGGAGAACUGCUGCUACCAGGGAGUGGUGCAGGGCCGCAUGGGCUCCUGGGUCUCUGUCUGCACCUGCUCAGGGCUCAGGGGUUUGGUGAUCCUGUCCCCAGAGAGAAGCUACACCUUAGACCUGGAGCCUGGGGACCUCCGGGCCCCCCCGAAUAUCUCCCGGAUCCAAGACCUCUUCCUGCCAGGCCACACUUGUGCCCUGCGCUGGCGUGCGUCUGUGCCCACCCAGGCUGCCCUGGAGCCACCCCGGGGAAGGCCCCACAGCCACACGCAUCGGCGGAGGCGGGAUGUGGUGACAGAGACCAAGACCGUCGAGCUGGUGAUCGUGGCCGACCAUGCGGAGGUCCAGAGGUACCCGGACUCCCAGCACCUGCUGAACCGCAUGCUGAAAGUGACCCUCCUCCUGGACACCUUCUUCCGGCCCCUGAAUGUGCGGGUGGUGCUCGUGGGCCUGGAGGCCUGGACCCAGCGGGACCUGGUGGAGAUAAGCCAGGACCCAGGUCUCACGCUAGACAGGUUCCUCCACUGGCGCCGGAGAGAUCUGCUGCCUCGACUGCACCACGACAGUGCCCAGCUGGUGACCGCUACUUCAUUCUCUGGGCCCACGGUGGGCAUGGCCAUUCAGAACUCCAUCUGUUCUGACUUCUCCGGAGGUGUGAACAUGGACCACUCCACCAGUGUCCUGGGAGUUGCAUCCUCCAUAGCUCACGAGUUGGGCCACAGCCUGGGCCUGGACCACGACUUGCGCGGGCACAGCUGUCCCUGCCCAGGGCCGGCCCCUGCCAAGAGCUGCAUCAUGGAGGCCUCCACGGACUUCCUGCCGGGCCUGAACUUCAGCAACUGCAGCCGGCAGGCCCUGGAGAAAGCCCUGCUGGAAGGGAUGGGCAGCUGCCUCUUUGAACGGCUGCCCAGCCUGCCCUCUCUGGCCACUGUCUGCGGGAAUAAGCUGGUGGAGCCCGGCGAGCAGUGUGACUGCGGCUUCCCGGAUGACUGCACCGACCCCUGCUGUGACUACGUCAGCUGCCAACUGAGGCCCGGGGCACGGUGCGCGUCCGACGGGCUCUGCUGUCACAACUGCCAGCUGCGCCCGGCCGGCGGGCAGUGCCGCCCGUCCAGAGGGGACUGCGACUUACCCGAGUUCUGCUCAGGAGACAGCCCGCAGUGCCCUCCCGACGUCAGCCUGGGAGACGGCGAGCCGUGUGCGGGGGGCCAGGCCGUGUGCGUGCGGGGGCGUUGCGCCUCGUAUGCCCAGCAGUGCCAGGCUCUCUGGGGACCUGGGGCCCGGCCCGCCUCGCCGCUUUGCCUCCUUGCUGCCAACACUCGAGGGGAUGCCUUUGGGAGCUGUGGGCGCAGCCCUAAUGGCAGCUACGUGUCCUGCGCCCCCAAAGACGCCAUCUGCGGGCAGCUCCAGUGCCAGGGGGGGCAGGCCCAGCCUCUGCUCGGCUCAGCCCGGGGUCUGCGCUGGGAGAUGCUAGAAGCCAACGGGACCCAGCUGAAGCUGAAUUGCAGUUGGGUCCACCUGGACCUGGGCGACGACGUGGCCCAGCCCCUGCUGACUCUGCCUGGCACGGCCUGUGGGCCUGACCUGGUGUGCAUUGACCGCCGGUGCCAGCCCGUGGACGUCCUGCGAGCCCAGGAAUGUCGAAGCAAAUGCCACGGACACGGGGUCUGCGACAGCAAAGGACAUUGCCACUGUGAGGCGGGCUGGGCCGCCCCUGACUGCACCAACCGCGUCAGAGCGACCAGCCCCCUGACCACAGGGCUGCCCCUCAGCCUCCUGCUGUUGGUGGUCCUGCUGCUGCUGGGGGCCAGCUACUGGCACCGUGCCCGCCUGCGUCAACGGCUCUGUCAGCUCAAGGGACCCAGCUGCCAGUAUAGGGCAGCCCAGUCUGGUCCCCCAGAGCGCCCAGGACCCCCGCAGAGCAUCCUGCUGAUGCCAGGGGCCAAGGCCCAGAAGCAGAGUCCAGCCUGGACUGGGGAGGGACAUCACCUAGAGGAGGGCCAAGCUGGUGGUUCUGAGAGCAGGCCAGUAUUCUUGGCUUCCCGGCACCCCCCUCCCGGCCGCUGCCUCCCGACCCUGUGCCCAAGAGACUCCAGUCUCAGGGGCCUGCCAAGCCCCCACCGCCGAGGAAGCCACUGCCUGCCAACCCCCAGGGCCGGCGCCCUUCGGGUGACCUGCCUGGCCCAGGAGCUGGAAUCCCGCCCCUAGUGGUACCGUCCAGGCCUGCGCCGCCGCCCCCAGCAGCGUCCUCGCUCUACCUCUGACCUCUGCUGAGGUUCCGCUGCCUGCAAGCCGGACUUAGGACUUCAAGAGGCGGACUGGCCCCUGGAGUCCCCCGCGAUGACUGAAGGAGCCGGAGCCUGGACACGGCGGAGCGGGCAGCCUAAGACUCCGGGCACCUCCACGCGCCGACGAGCAGCACCCUAGGGACCCGCCAGGCAGUUGCAGCUGGGGAUGGGAAGGGGCUGGGCGCCGUCCUGGGCUGAGGGAGGUGCACACAGCCUGUCCCUGCUCUGGUGCAAUAAACCUGAGGUCUGGGGAG